GAUCAUGCCACACAACCUACUGUGAGUGCAGCCCAGUGGAAGGAAGGCUUCCUCGCUCAGCCACCACAACCAGUACCUGCAACCAGAUCUGGCACCUCCUUGAACCGGUCUUGUCACCGCAGACAGAGAUCUUCACCGCAGACAGAGAUCUUCAGCUGCAGGCUGACUUGUCUUGGAUGAAGGGAGGAGCAAGACACAGAGUGAUAACUCAGCAUAUUGGGUCACGUCCUCUGUAUCAGAUAGUGAUCAUCAAGUGAUGUCAGGUCUAGAGGCAACUUCUUACUGAGGACUUGCAUGCUGCAGUGGUCAAUGCUAUCCGAUCCAGCUAGGACGUCUGGCAUUUCUUGCUCCAUAUAUGAAUGGCUAGAUCAACAACAAGAACGAAAAAUCUGGAGCCAUGGAUGAUUGCGUUGAUUGUCCUAGCAGUGUUGGUGGUCCUAGCCCUUGUCAUUGGGUUGCUUGUGUAUUUCUUGAUAUAUGACCAGAAGUUGUUCUUUUACAAUGUUUCCCUUAGAAUCAAUAAUGUCCAAUACCAGCCAAGCAUGGAGAAACAAACCUCGGCAGAAUUUAGAGACCUGAGCUCCAGCACUGAAAAUUUGAUUAAUCAGGCAUUUGAAGGUACUAAUUUAAAGAAAAGAAAGAUCAAGGCACAUGUUGUAAGGCUACGUGAAGACUACAAUGGAGUACUGGCAGACGUGGUGCUGGUGUUUAGAUUCAUUGCCUCAGAUAGCAAAACAGCCCGCUGGAUGAGCAUUAACAGUGUUUUGCUGAGGAGGCUGAAAUUACCAACAUGGCCCUUGAGUAUUGAUCUUUCAUCUUACAGACUCACAGAGAUUAAUGCAGUAAAUGGUGAAAAUCUUCUCAACAGUUGUUGUGGAACACGAACGGACAGAUCUGUGGAGAGAAUCUUUGGAGGAAAUGUUGCAGGGGAAGGCGAAUGGCCGUGGCAAGCUAGUCUUCAGCUGAAUGGCAUCCAUCGCUGUGGGGCUACACUGAUCAGUAAUUCAUGGCUUGUCACCGCAGCCCAUUGCUUUAGAGGAGUCAGGGAUGUCAAUAGUUGGACGGCUAGUUUUGGGGCCCGUUUAAGGCCUGCGACAAUGAGAAGGAACCUUCGCCAGAUCAUCAUCCAUGAGCAUUAUUCUCAGAACGUCAUGAGACAUGAAUAUGACAUUGCUGUCGUGCAGAUCGCACGCCCAGUGGAAUAUACAACUGCUGUGCAUCGUGUUUGUCUCCCGGAGGCUACAUAUUACUUCCCGGAAAACACUACCUGCUUCGUCACAGGAUAUGGUGCUCUGAAAGAUGAUGGUCCUAGUGUCGGUGAACUUCGUCAAACAGAAGUGAAGAUUAUAGGUAAUGAGAUUUGCAAUAGAAGAGAAGUGUACAAUGGAGUCAUUUCAUCGGGGAUGCUGUGUGCUGGAUACCUGGAAGGAGGGAGUGAUGCCUGCCAAGGUGACUCAGGUGGUCCAUUGGUUACUCCUGAUUCUAGAGGAAUAUGGUACCUUGUUGGCAUAGUGAGCUGGGGAGAUGAAUGUGCUAAGCCAAACAAACCCGGAGUCUACACACGAGUGACUUAUUAUCGAGACUGGAUUGCUGCCCACACUGGGGCCUGAAACUUCACAGAAGUUUCACAGGCAAUGUAUGAGCCUGGAACCCAAGACAUUUGGACUAUAAAUAGAUAUUUUUAAUACAGAUAAUUCCAUAGCUUUGGUCAUUUCUGAUUUCAGAGCAGGCACUAUUGUCUUUACUAGAGGCGUCAACAUAAUUCCUUGCCAAAUUAUGCUAAGUCCACUAGCCUCAUUUUAAUAUCAGUUCUAGUUGGGUUUUUUUUACAAGGAGAGGAAUAGAUUGGGGAAUAUAGUUGCACUCAGCAAAAAUAUUUUAUUUGUGUUUCUUUAAGGCUCCAGUCCUUAAAACAGUUCUACUGUCAGGACCCUGUUUUGUUACAGUGGAUUGCUUGCUAUCAUAUAUUUUGAUAACUGACAGUAUUUUAAAACGUUUUCAUUCUAUUUCAUUCAAGUAGUGCACAGUCAGGGACUAGGAGGUACCUUAAUUUAUAAACUCCUCUUUACAUAAGAGUGUAAGAAGAGCCUGCUGGAUCAGGCCAGUGGCCCAUCUAGUCCAGCAUCCUGUUCUCACAGUGGCCAACCAGAUGCCCACGGGAAACCCGCAAACAGGACCUGAGUGCAAAGAGCACUCUCCCCUCCUGUGGUUUCCAGGAGCUGGUAUUCAGAAGCAUACUACCUCUGACUGGGGAGGCAGAGCAUAGCCAUCAUGGCUAGUAGCCAUUGAUUUAAAGACUAAAUAUCCCAGUCACUAAUAUCCCAUUUAGUAUCUUGGGGGGGGGGCUUGGGCCAGGGGCCACCAGUGGUCUCCUUAACUCAUUAACAGUCGAGAGGAGCAAGACAUGCAGACUGAGAAUACCACUGGUAUUCUGUUACUUUGCAUAUAUUCUGAUGUCAUAUUUCUCUUCUUCUUUUUCUUUGUUUUCCCCCUUUAUUUUAACAUUAAUAAAAUACACAAGAAGAACAAAAAUAACCAAAAAUAGCAAAAACAGGCUCGUCCAUUGUCAAAAAAUAAGGCACAAGAGGGUAAUUAAGAAGAAAGGGAAUAAGCAAACACUGAGAGAUCAAAUAGUUUUAAAAUAUCAUAUAAGGGAGGUGUUGUUCUUGGACCCACAAGUGUCACAGAAAGUUCUAGGAGAACACCACCUUUCACAUUGUGUGGUGCACCUACAAUCAUCAAAACAGCAUGGUGCUUUUGCUCAUCUUCCUACACAGUGCGUCAGCGAGAGUUCCUUAGGCUUGGUGAGCUCUUACUGUCUUGACAAGUGCCCCACAUGUGGAUGCCAGACCAGAAAGGGGGCUUCAGAGCACAGGCUGUGCCUAGCCAUUCAGUGAAGCGGACAAGAUGUAAACGGGGCAAGUUAUUUCCCUUCAUGGGACAACAAUAUUGAUUUCUCCAACAAAGAAAGUGCCAGAGCAACUGCGGCCAUUACUCAAAUGGCUGAUGUGACAAUUGUGCAGUGACCAACAGGCAUGCUAGACUUUGAACACCUGCAGGAAGACAGGGUUUGGGGAUCAUAACCAUGCUCUCCUUUUUAAAAACACAACUGGUGAAGAAAUGUUCCUCUUCUGCUCCCCAGAGGGUAUAAAAACCACUUGCCUAUCUCUGCUUGGGAACAAAGCAACUCUACACAGGAGUUUUAAAGUAUGUGAAAGGGAGAACUAACAGUCUGUUCUCGAUUUUGAUUAAUAAUUUGUUUUUGGCAUGUAUAUACACUAAAUCAUUUUCCAUUUUUGCAAUUGAGGUUCCCCUAGUCCCUCCCAGUGUUGUCCUUUCCUUUGUCUGUGCAUCUCCUUUUGCCUGGAACCAAGGAGAGGAAGGGUAUGAGAGCUGGAAGAAAUAGUUCCAUAUGCCUCCCUCCUUUCUUUAUUCUUGUGUGACUCAUGUUGGAAAUGUGAAUCUUAAAACCAGUGUGAGGGAAAAGCACAAUCCAGCAAAAAUUGGUCACAAGUGAGGCAGCAAUCACUGUUGCAUUUACACUGAACUCAGUGGGCCUUACUGUACUUCUGAGUAAGAAUACUCUGAAUUGCACUGAAUUGCACAUUUAACUCAGUGGACCUAUAGUCACAGUGAACACUGUUUUCAGACAUAAGACCUAAAGCAGUUCUUGCUGUAAUAAGGUUUGUUGAGUAAGUGUUAAAGGUUACAUUAGCCAGAACCCACAGUUAGACAAUAUCUUUAUUAGGCCUGAUCAAAAUGUCACAAAAUUGUGGCA